UAAGUGUACAUUUUUAUGCGAAAAAAUACCAACAAAAUUGGCCACACAUAUUUGGUCGUAUUAAUUCCAACUGUUGCUUGUCUAGGUGAUUUGGGUAUCUUCAUAAAAAGCGUAAUCAAUGGGGGCGCCGCGUCAAGAGACAAGAGACUGAGAACGAACGAUCAGCUACUGAACGUCAAUGGAAAGUCGCUGCUUCAGCAAUCGAACAGCGACGCAAUGGAAACGCUGCGCAAAGCCAUGUUGCAUACUGAGGGUCCAGUGCCUGGAAACAUCACGCUGAUCAUCGCCAGACGUGCUUCGUCUCCCGGCUCUUCAAGGAAUCGCUCCAAUGAGAGCUUGCUCAAUGUUUCUCAAACAUCUCCGGAUUUGUACAACUCCCAAGACACAGCGAGCGAUCCAUCCGGCGAAAAUUCCAACUCAAACGCUUCCAACGGGUCGACUAAUACCGUCAUCUACAACCCGCACCAGAAUGGCAUGAUUCCCAACCAGUUGAGUCCCAUGCAUACCUGGAACCCAGUGCUAGAGCGGCUAACUGGUAAGCAACAGCUACGCAACGAGAGCUACUAUAAAGCUACACACGAUACCUGGAGUAACAGUAUGUUAGCGAAUAGUAGCGCUUUGGGGAGUCUGGGCGGCACCACUGUGGUCAACUUGAGCACGGCUGAACCGAUCUUGAUAGAGGACGAGUACGGGUCUAGAGUGGUUCCUAUUCAAAAUCAGCAACAAAUCAAUGUGCAUAUGAUGAACAAGCCGAGCCACAUAAAUCACAAUCGAGAAGAACACGAGCCGGAUGGCAAGGCGGGUGAUAAGAGCGCUGAAUCAGCUUCCCAAACAACUAUUCAUGGCACUGAUGCAACGUAUUCCAGCCAGCUGAGUCUGGAAAACCCGCAAGGGUUUUCUAGGGAUGCGUUUGGACGGCAAAGCAUGUCCGAGAAGCGACACGCCACAUUGGAUGCCAAAAGUACGGAUACUUACCAACGCACCAAGAAAAUGCGCGAGGACAGAAUCAAAAAAGAAUCUAAUAUAGUGCGAGUCGGCUCAGUGGAAUCAGUCAUAAGCGUGAAUCGAUCAUCAGAACAUCCUGAGUAUGCUGAUAAGCUGGCCGAACUUGGACCGUCGCUUGGCAUGAAGAAAUCGUCCAGUUUGGAGUCGCUGCAAACCAUGGUCCAAGAGAUUCAGAUGCAAGAAGAAGGGGACCCCGCAUACAGUUACAGAGGCCCAUCGGGGGCCCUGAAAGUUAUCAGAGGCAGAGGCAGCGAGGAGACAUUUAGGGCUGCAGUAGUUGAUCCGAAUCAUCGCAACGAAAUGGGUGCGAAAAAACAUUGGCUUUUGGAUGGCCCGGUGGAAGAACGCGAGAUCGAUGGAUUUACGAACGUUAGAGGCGGGCCGAGGCAGUCCUCACUCAAUGCCGCGUUGGACACAAAAAAUAAGCCCUGCAAAAAGAAGCCGGGCAUUUUUAAAGGGAUCGGCUCCAUGUUUAGGUUUGGAAAGCAUCGCAAAGUGGAGCUGGUUGAACCUGUGCAGCAGUACCACCAAAAAACAAGCGAGUUCGAGAGCGCUCUGAAUGUAUCACAGUAUUCACAAAAUUCCGACCAUCAGCAGCAAAGUGAAGACAAUCAAAGCCAUCAUUCCCAUAGUUCUCAUAAUACGGACUGCAGUCAACAUAAACAACAUGCGGACCGAUCACAAGAACUGACUCCAACUCCAACUCCGGCCGUUCAGCCACAUGUUACUCUUAAUACUCAGCAACACCAGCAACGAGAACAGCAGAUCCAAAGGGAACCCAUUUAUCAGCGACAUGGGUUCGUUCAUAGACACGCUGAGCAGGUUCAGGUACGCAUGAUUUUUUAACUAGCUUCUGUCGUUGAUGUUUUUUAUUAUUUCCUUUUAUGUUUUGUUGCAUCGAUUUCUAAAACAUGUUGAUUGCAACAAUUGCAGUUAGCCAGAAUCAUAGAAUGAUUGUUUAGAAAGAUGCAGUAGUUUUAUACACUUUUAGAAUCGAUAGAAAGAUGAAAGAAUAGUAAACGCACAUUUGACUGUGCUUUUUUGAUUAUUUCUUGUGAGUGUGUUUGUUGAGUACCGUCGUUCGGGGUGAAGUCUGACGAUUUUUUCAGUUUCGUUUUAAUAAAAAGUAUAAUGUUGAAAAGGAAAUUUCCAAUAAAUUAAUUUGGAGUCUUCCGUGUCUCCUUUGUCGAAUUAAAUGAUACA